UGUCCGUCCCGUCAGUUAGCCAAAAAGUCAAUCCACUUCGGAAUUGAAUUGUUGGGACUGAUGUAUGAAAAUACUAGUUUAGUGAAUAUUUAGAAAAUUUAUUAAUACUUCUGGGGAGUAGGAUGCCGUCCACUACUGAGACCCUUCCCAGUAAUGGGCGCAGCAAGGGGCUAUUUCAAAAUACGGCGGGUUUGAGUACGCUCAUCACUGUAACUGUCCUGACACUGGCUUGGUUGGCCGGUUUCGCAUCCCGGCUUUUCGCUGUGAUACGUUUUGAAAGUAUAAUUCAUGAAUUCGAUCCUUGGUUCAACUACCGGUCUACAGCGUAUAUGGUUCAGCACGGUUUCUAUAAUUUUUUGAACUGGUUCGAUGAGCGUGCUUGGUACCCACUGGGACGUAUCGUGGGGGGUACGGUGUAUCCUGGUCUAAUGAUCACUUCAGGCACUAUACAUUGGAUACUGCAUGCUCUCAACAUACCCAUUCAUAUCCGAGACAUAUGUGUAUUCCUUGCCCCAGUAUUCAGUGGGCUCACAGCAAUUGCAACGUACUUAUUGACUUCUGAACUAUGGUCGCGUGGAGCUGGGCUAUUUGCUGCCUGUUUCAUAGCUAUAGUGCCAGGUUACAGCAGUAGAUCCGUUGCUGGGAGCUACGAUAAUGAAGGAAUUGCUAUAUUUGCAUUGCAAUUCACAUAUUACUUGUGGCUGAAAAGUGUUAAAAGUGGGUCCGUAUUCUGGUCUAUUUGCACUGCAUUGUCAUAUUUUUACAUGGUUUCAGCAUGGGGCGGAUACGUAUUCAUUAUCAAUUUGAUACCUCUUCACGUCUUUGUUCUUCUAAUAAUGGGACGUUUCUCGCAGCGUCUUUUCGUCAGCUACUCAGUUUUCUACAUUAUUGGCUUAUUGCUGUCCAUGCAGAUUCCCUUUGUUGGGUUUCAACCAAUACGUACCAGUGAACAUAUGGCAGCGUCAGGUGUGUUUGCAUUGUUGAUGGCCAUCGGAGCCCUAAAGUACCUGCACAGUCUGAACCCUAAAGGACAAUGGAAACAACUGCUCAUCUUGGGCGGUAUGCUGGCCGCGGGACUCGUGUUCCUGGCUGUGGUGCUCCUCACAUACAUGGGAGUCAUUGCACCUUGGAGUGGAAGGUUUUAUUCACUCUGGGACACGGCAUACGCAAAGAUUCACAUUCCGAUCAUAGCGUCCGUAUCCGAGCACCAGCCGACGACGUGGUCUUCAUUUUUCUUCGAUCUGCACGUGCUCGUGUGCACGUUCCCGGUCGGUCUGUGGUACUGCAUCAAGAAUGUGAAUGAUGAGAGAGUUUUCGUUGCUCUGUAUGCCCUGAGUGCGGUGUAUUUCGCCGGUGUGAUGGUUCGUUUGAUGUUGACCCUGACGCCCGUAGUGUGCGUGCUGGCCGGCAUCGCCUUUUCCAUUCUCCUAGACUUGGCCUUAAGAGAGGACGAAGUGCCUGAACAAUCCCCGGACAGUGAAGAGUCUAAGAGUCUCUAUGAUAAAGCCGGUAAGGUAAAGAAGCGUACACUUGAGGCCGCGCCCAAUGCGGACACCGGCUUGGGCAUGAACGUGCGCUCAGGAACGCUCAUAGCCUUCAUGAUCCUGCUGAUGUUGUUCUCUGUGCACUGCACCUGGGCGACGUCUAACGCUUACUCCAGCCCUAGCAUCGUUCUGGCCAGCUACGGCAAUGACGGGUCACGUAAAAUCUUAGAUGACUUCCGAGAAGCUUACGGUUGGUUAUCGCAGAAUACAGCAGAAGACGCAAGGAUUAUGUCUUGGUGGGACUACGGGUAUCAGAUAGCGGGAAUGGGUAACAGAACAACCCUGGUCGACAAUAACACCUGGAACAACUCUCACAUAGCACUGGUCGGGAAGGCGAUGGCGAGCAACGAGUCCGCCGCCUACAGCAUCAUGACGAUGCUGGACGUUGAUUACGUGCUCGUUAUAUUCGGGGGCGCGAUCGGGUACUCCGGAGACGACAUCAACAAGUUCAUAUGGAUGGUCAGGAUCGCUGAGGGGGAACAUCCUAAGGACAUACACGAAGUUGACUAUUUCACUGAAAGAGGAGAAUACAGGAUCGAUUCUGAAGGAUCAAAAACUAUGUUGAACUGUUUGAUGUAUAAACUCUCGUAUUAUAGGUACGACAGUGGGGGAAGCCCUCCCGGGUAUGACCGUACGCGCAGUGCGCUGCCCGGGAACAGAGGGUUCAAACUUACCUACCUCGAGGAAGCCUACACCACCGAGCACUGGCUCGUCAGGAUAUACAGGGUGAAAAAACCAUCUGAGUUCAAUCGUCCGCGUUUGUCACUAGCAAAAAGGAAAAUUUCAACAAGCAAUACCAUUUCUAAGAAGACUUCAAGAAGAAGAAAAGGCGCAUUGAAGAACAAACCUACAGUCGUGAAGGGAAAAAAGGUCGGUAAACUGGAGUGACACGGUCCGGCGACACCAGCGCCCCCACACGAGCGCGCGGCGCAAAUAAUCUCAUAUCAGUGGUAAAACUGCAAGUUUUUUGUACUGUGUAAUAUUAGUUAAGUGUACGGUUUCGUAUUUCGCAGAUUUUUUUUUUAAAAGCUCAAACUCUUAUCACGUCACU